AUGCUAUCACGGUCCAUGACCAAUGAGGCCAUUGCAGUUCUGACACCAAAUGGCAUCAGCUUCCCCCAAACAGGGGAACCUAAACCCACCAACCAGAGGCAAUACAACCUCAAGAAACAACUAAAGGCAGAGGCCAAAGUUCUUGGGGCUAUUCAGAUCCUGUGCGGGGUGAUGGUGUUGAGUUUGGGGAUCAUUUUGGUAUCUGUUCCGUCCUCUCCAUCCUUUACCCCGGUGUUUUCCACCCUUUUGAAGUCUGCUUACCCAUUCAUGGGAGGCUUGUGUUUUGUCAUUUCUGGAACUCUGUCAGUCAUCAUGGAGAAAAAGUCAACUAAGCCUUUGGUUCAGAGCAGCGUGGUUGCAAACAUUCUGAGCUCUCUAUGUGCUCUGGUGGGUUUCAUUCUCCUCUCUGUCACGUUGGAUGCUGUGGAUCCUGCCUUUCGGAAGUGGAACUCUGUCUGUGAUGCUGAUUUACACGGCGCUGGAGUUCUGCCUGGCUGCGCUCUCUGCCGUGAUUUGGUGGAAACAGGCUCACUCUGA